CUGAUAGAGAGGGGAGACUGGGGGUUAAUCCUGCUGCAGGGACUGAUAGAGAGGGGAGACUGGGGGUUAAUCCUGCUGCAGGACUGAUAGAGAGGGGAGACUGUGGGACUGGGGGAUAAACUGGUCCCAGUACAACAUGUAUUAUUGUAGUGAUAUGAGAGGGGGGAUCCCCACAGGCAGCUUUAUAUGGUGGGUUUGUGUUCCUUGCUGUCAGGUUCUCCAGAGAUGGAAACAAGGAGGUUAGAGGGGAAAUGGGAGAAUGAAGAGCCGGACACUGAGGAUCCUCUGGACACAAUAAAGAGGGAAAUGGAUCCCCUUCCUGGGGCCGCUUCCCCAUUGGCUGAAUCAGAAAUAUUACAGAUAAAGAUAAAGGAGGAAGAAUCAGACCCUGAGGAUCAUGUGACCCCAGUGGAAAGUUCAGCAGUACCAGUUAGUGAUGGGGGUGGGAACAUGAAGGCUGAGCACAUUUCUGAACUGCCCAAACCAGAGACUGACUGGGAGUCCGGCACAAGAUCUGGCGAUUGCUUAACAAGCUCUGAUGGAUCAGGUUUUAUCUGCAGUAAAUGUGGGGAAACCUUCCCUUUAAAUAGUGAAGUCACCCACGUUUGUGGGACAUUAGUGAGAACCGACACAGGAGAGACUCCUUUCACUAGUAUGGAAGGUGAGGAGAGUUUUACUGACAGAGGGAACCUUCCUGAACAUCAGAGAACUCACACAGGAGAGAAACCAUUCACCUGUACAGAAUGUGGGAAAGGUUUUACUCACAAGCAAACCCUCCGAAACCACAUUAAACUUCACACCGGAGAAAACCCUUACUCUUGUACAGAAUGUGGGAAACAUUUUAAUGACAAGAGCGGCCUUCAAAUGCACAAGAGGAUUCACACCGGAGAGAAACCUUUCACCUGUACUGAAUGUGGGAAAAGCUUUUCUCAGAAGAACAAUCUUGUGGUGCACGAAAUGAUUCAUAAACACAAGCCCUUCUCUUGUAACGAAUGUGAGAAAAGUUUUUCUGAUCUGGAAAAGCUGCGUGUGCACCAAGCAGUUCACAUGGGGGAAAACUCGUUUAAAUGUAAAGUGUGUGGGAAAUGUUUUUCUCGCAAAAACAAUCUUAAAACCCACGAGAGAGUUCAUACUGGAGAGAAACCAUUCACCUGUACAGAAUGCGACAAAAGCUUCUCUUUCAUCACUAGUUUGAAUCGACACAUGAGACUUCACACAGGGGAGAAACCGUAUUCAUGUGCCGACUGUGGGAAACAAUUCUUGCAAAAAAGCCACAUUCAAAUUCAUCAGAAGAUUCACAACACAGAGAAAACUCUCACCUCUUCAGAAUCUGGGGGAAACGUUUCAGUUAAGACCAGUGUUCAAAGUGAUCCCACUGCAGAGAAACCAUUCACCUGUACAGAAUGUGGGAAAACUUUCACUAGAAAAGGCACCUUUGACAAGCACCAGAAAAUUUACACCUGGGAGAAUCCUUUGACCUGCACAGAAUGUGGGAAAAAGUGCUCAGUAAAUGCCCAUUACUUACUGGCAGGUUCCCCAGAGGCACAAGCAGAAAUGUUACAGAUAAAGACAGAGAAAGAAGAACUGGACUGUGGAGAUGAUCAGAACCCAAAGGAAAGCUCAGCAGUUCCACUUACUAAUGGGACUUCCCCAUUGGCUGAAUCAGAAAUAUUACAGAUAAAGAUAAAGGAGGAAGAAUCAGAUCCUGAAGAUCAUGUGACCCCAGUGGAAAGUUCAGCAGUACCAGUUAGUGAUGGGGGUGGGAACAUGAAGGCUGAGCACAGUUCUGAACUGCCCAAACCAGAGACUGACUGGGAGUCCGGCACAAGAUCUGGCGAUUGCUUAACAAGCUCCGAUGGAUCAGGUUUUAUCUGCAGUAAAUGUGGGGAAACCUUCCCUUUAAAUAGUGAUGUCACCCACGUUUGUGGGACACUAGUGAGAACCAACACAGGAGAGACUCCUUUCACUAGUAUGGAAGGUGGGGAGAGUUCUACUGACAGGGGGAACCAGAGAACUCACACAGGGGAGAAACCAUUCACCUGUACAGAAUGUGGGAAAGGUUUUACUCACAAGCAAACCCUUCGAAACCACACCAAAAUUCACACCGGAGAAAGACCUUACUCUUGUUCGGAAUGUGGGAAACAUUUUAAUGACAAGAGCACCCUUCAACUGCACAAGAGGAUUCACACCGGAGAGAAACCUUUCACCUGUAAUGAAUGUGGGAAAAGCUUUUCUCAGAAGAACAAUCUUGUGGUGCACGAAAUGAUUCAUAAACAAAAGCCCUUUUCUUGUAACAAAUGUGAGAAAUGUUUUUCUGAUCUGGAAAAGCUGCGUGUGCACCAAGCAGUUCACAUGAGGGAAAACUCGUUUAAAUGUAAAGUGUGUGGGAAAUGUUUUUCUCGUAAAAACAAUCUGAAAACCCAUGAGAGAGUUCAUACUGGAGAGAAACCAUUCACCUGUACAGAAUGUGGCAAAAGCUUCUCUUUCAUCACUAGUUUUAUUCGACACAUGAGACUUCACACAGGGGAGAAACCGUAUUCAUGUGCCGACUGUGGGAAACAAUUCUUGCAAAAAAGCAACAUUCAAAUUCAUCAGAAGAUUCACACCAGAGAGAAAGCUCUCACCUCUUCAGAAUCUGGGGGAAAUGUUUCUGUUAAGGCCAGUGUUCAAAGUGAUCCCACUGCAGAGAAACCAUUCACCAGUACAGAAUGUGGGAAAACUUUCACUAGAGAAGGCACCCUUGACAAGCACCAAAACAAUUACACCUGGGAGAAUCCUUUCACCUGUACAGAGUGUGGGAAAGAGUUUACAGAAAACGGCAAACUCCAAAGGCACCAAAGAACUCACACUAGAGAGAAACCAUUCACCUGUAUGGAAUGUGGGAAAAGCUUUGCUGACAAGGGCACCCUUCGUAAACACAGAAAAACUCAUACCGGGGAGAAUCUUUGCACCUGUACAGAAUGUGGGAAAAAGUUUACGGAAAAGGUUAAACUCCAAAGGCACCUAAGAACUCACACUGGAGAGAAACCAUUCACCUGUACGGAAUGUGGGAAAAGCUUUGCUGACAAGGGCACCCUUCGCAUACAUGAAAGAAUUCACACUGGGGAGAAACCAUUCACCUGUACGGAAUGUGGGAAAAGCUUUGCAGAAAAGGGGUCCCUUCGUCAACACAGAAGAACUCACACAGGAGAGAAACCAUUCACCUGUACAGAAUGUGGGAAAUAUUUUUCUGAGAAGAGCUCCCUUCAGAGACAUAAGAGAAUUCACACGGGAGAGAAACCAUUCACCUGUACAGAAUGUGGUAAAAGCUUUUUUCAAAAGGGCAGUCUCAAGUCACACGAAAUGAUUCAUAAAAAAAACCCUUUGAAUGUGGCUAAUGUGACAGAAGUCUGACAUGAAAAUACAUUCUGUGCAACAAGCAGAUCAUGUAGAGGAGAAAGCCUUUGUAAUAAAGGGAUGAACCUUUAUUAAUCAUUUUAUGAAUGAAUAUUAAUAAAAAUAUUAAUACAAAUAUACAGGACCAAUGAUUAAGCCUUCUGAUGAACUACCAGUGAGCAAUAACUUACACACACACAAGUAAUAGUACAAUUAAAUAGAUUCACUCCGCUUAAUAUGAAGUGUUUACAGAGAUGGUCAAUUCUGCAUCAGUUCAACAGACAUGAUGGAACCUCACAACCUUGGGUGCUUGACCUUCUUGAUAAAGCCAUCACCCAAAUUCCUGAUACACUCAUGGGUCCAAGGUGAAGUUAUUAACCAAACAUUGAGUCUUUCUUCUAUAGUCAAUCUCUGAAGAAACCUCUCAUUCCAAAUGCUGACAAUGUACGAUAUGUUUGUGGUAUUUCUAAUAGAUCAGCAGGAACUUUAUAUCUACUCAACCACGUCUGUCUGUUGUCUGUUCAUUCUUAAAUAAAUAAGUUUCCUGGCCAACUAGACAUAUUGCUGGGCAAACAUUCCAUAGCAAUAACAUAUACCAGGGACAUUGGACUCAAAUAACUCUCAAAAUCCUGCCUAAACUUAAGGUUUGAUUAACUAUAAAUCAGAAAUGUUUUCUGGAGAGAAACCAUUCACCUGUACAGAAUCCUUCAAGUUCUUCAUAGAACUCUCACUGGAGAGAAACCAUAUUCCUGCCCAGUAUAGGGGAAAUGGUUUUCUGUUAAGAGCAACCUUUGCAAGCAUGAAAGACUUCAUACUGAAGAGAAACCAUUCACCUGUAGAGAGAAGGGUAAAGGAAAAUGUUUAUCACAAGAAAAUGUACAUUUUACAAACAAACAGCAAUAGAUGAUUGUGAUAAACCUUAUACUAGUAAACAGUGGGGUAUCUUAAAGGGUUCUAGAACAUCACUGCUAGUAGAGGUAGGCUUGAUAUAUUAUAUCAGGGAUCGCCAACCUUGUGAACCCGUGAGCAACAUUCAGAAGCAAAAGGAGUUGGGGAGCAACACAAGCAUGAAAAAUGUUCUUGGGGUGCCAAAUAAGGGCUGUGAUUGGCCAUUUAGUAGCAUCUAUGUGGAUUGUCAACCUACUUUGAGGAUCUGUUUGGUAGUACACAUGGUUUUUAUGCAACUAAAACUUGCCUCCAAGCCUGGAAUUCAAAAAUAAUCACCUGCUUUGAGGCCACUGGGAGCAACAUUCUAGCGGUUGGAGAGUAACAUGUUACUCACGAGCUACUGGUUGGGGAUCACUGUAUUAUAUUAAUAACUGCUGUAGCUAUAAAAUAAAAGUUUUUGGCUAUAAAAUAGUUUUUUGCUUUUGAUGAACAAAUGUGCUGCGAAAGUCUCCUUAUUUGGAAGAAAUAUUUAGUCCAGUAGGUAGAAUUUGGUAUAUUCUCGCAAAGCUAAGGGGGUAUUCAUUAAACUCGUCUUCCCCCAAUCUUCCCUAACGUCAGGCAUUUUGGUUGAUAUUAUUGAAGCUACUUAUGUGUCCGCAGUGAGUAUCAGAGAAUAACUAAUACAAUUAAGAUGCCAUCAAAGAACAUACCUGAACCCAGUCUCACAGAAUAUGAAGCUGCUCAUAUAAUGUUUGGACAUGCUGAAGCACUGAGAUGGAAAUCUUGAGGGGCAUCUGGUGCCAGUACUUGGAUUUCAGAAGAGAGUGAGGCUGAUGAUACAAACGAGAAGACACUGGGUUGCAACAUGUAGAUCUGAUCUAUUUUACAAAUUUAUUAUUUAAUAAGCUUGAAAAAAA